AUUUCAAAGGAGCCGCAUGAGCCUUGGCGGCGACGGUGUUGUCGACGGCUUUCAAACCCGGGAAUGACACGCGCUCGUAUGUCCGUGGCAAUCCCCAAUCGUAUUAGUUAGUCCAUCCUAAUAGUCCGACGGCAUUCCCAUUCUGGCAGUAGUGGCAGCAAAUCGUUCGUACUAGGCGUCGUGGUUUCGGGUUGUCGGCGACAGGAAUCGAACCACCACCAUUUGUUCAUUGCUGCGCUCACUGCUGAACCUCCUUCACCCUGAUCAUGUGUCUUGAACACGCGGCUAUUUGACUACUGUCUUAUUCAAUCUGCACAACUCUCCCUUAAUAGACUUUUUUUUUUCGUUGUUGCUCUCUUUAAACUGCUAAAGGCGACUCACGCGCCAAUAUAUCCUCCAAUAUAUCCAUGGCAAGGGCCGUCUCCAUUCCAGCCUCGUAUCCAGACGCCCUAGCCCGUUUUGGCUACCGUUUGCUUUCUCCCUUUCCCCCUUUGGAGCAAACCAUGCGAGAUUCGCUGCAGAUCGAAAUAAAGGUACGAAUUUAACCACCCAGAAACACGGUCCGUGUUUCCAGACUCAUCCACACGGCCCAUAGAGGUGGUUCGUCCCAAUAUUUCUCCUCGUGUCUUGGUGCGUCGCGCUUACACCAGCGUGCAUAUAAACCACCCAUCCUAGCCACCAACAAUCUCGUCACUCUCUGAUUUUUCGUUAUCAGUCCUUACCUCUUUACCAAAUUUUCCUACAAGUUUGCCAUUUAGACACUUUUAAUCAUCCAUCACCAUGAAGUCCUUCGCUUUCGCCGCUGUCGCCGUUGCCGCACUCGUUGCCGCUGAGGAUUCUGCCGCCGACCUCUGCAAGUCUGACGGCCAGACCUUCUGCAUUGCCAGCGACAUCAUCCUCCGCUGCAGUGGCCCUGGUGUCGGCCAGCCCGGCCGCUGCACUCCCAACCUCUCUGGUAGCUUCCCUCCUGGCGGCCUAGCUUCUUGCUACGAGGCUGCCAAGGGCGAUGGCAAGGCUGCCUGCGAGAAGAACUGCAUCGUCCACGCUGACCCCGUCUUCACCCUUCCUGCUGACAAGUGCACUCCUUCUGCUACUCAGUCUGCCACUCCAUCAUCUACUGGUACUGGCAACAGCACCACCACCGCACAGAAGCCUCCCGCCUCAACAGAGGCUGAGGAGGAGCCUUGCCCUACCGAGUGGCCUACUCCCAAUGGCAACGACACUGCUGUUGUUCCUCCUACCAACGCCGGUUCUAAGAACGCUCUGAGCGGUGCUGCCAUUGCUGGUCUCGUCGCUGCCUACUUCCUUUGAACGUUUCUCUUUAGACGGGGUUAAUUAUCGGCGCAUAUUUUUGUUUUUACUACUUUCAUGAAAUUAGAUGAGAAAAAAAUAGAAUAAUACUUGAAAAGAAAAAACUAGUUCUAUGGCGUAAAUCGUGUACGUAUCGUAAGGGGUAUCGUUAUACAUGCUUGUUCCACUCCCUCGUGUGUAGCACCCACGUCUGUGGUGCCUCGCCUUCCCCGUUGUAUCGAUAGCUCAGAAAAAGAGCAUAUCUAAACAUUAUCUCGCGGAGUGUAUCCUCGGACAAGUCUGGUCUACCAGCCAUUGCCAACGCCUCUGCCGCUGUGACACUAUCUGUAUCUGCACACGAUUCCUCCUCGUCACUGCUGUAUUCGCUCCCCGAGGAGUCGCUUUCCCAGUACAGUUUCUUCUUAUAGGAUUGUCUCGAUUCAGUGGAUAAUGAUCGGCCUUGCAGAGCGGCGUACAUGGCCAGGAUGAAGCUCCGCGAUAUUGGCAAGCCGUGGGGUACGCUGCAAUGCGGCGACCAGAUAGGGCGGCAGCGCACAGGAAUAUCCUUUGCAGCUUGCUGCAGCUCGUCUAAUGUGUUUUCAGGACUACUAAGAAAUCUUCGAAGAGUCGGGUACGAGUCUCUUGUCAGAAGAGCGUUGAAGGAGCGGCAUGUAAGGCGGGCCGAUGUCGGCAGAUCGGUCGACGUGAGAAUCUGGUGCAGAAGCUCUGUUGGAAGGGCCGUUAAUGACAUUGCUAGACGAGUUUUCAGAAAAUAUAGAUUUAUGUUAUAUUUUACAUUUUUGCCAAAAGGGCGGCUUAUGCUUGUCUUUAUGGCGUGGCUACGCCAGCGAGAGGCUGUGUCCGUCAAGGUUCUCAGAAGUCUCCGAAAGGUCACAGCACACCUUGCUGAGAACAGGUGCAUGAAUGUAAGGGAAAAUACGGGAAGCGCCCUGUAAC